UGUGGCUUACCGAAGUGGUAAAAUCUUGUAGCUGACAAUACUCUGCAAACUCUCCUUCCUAGAUUCUCCGUGUCAUCUAUCUCACCUAGGGUUUUCAAAGUUUGAAACUUUCUUCACACACUUUCCCUAGAAACAAACACAAAUGAGAAAGAAAGACAGAAAGAGAAUUUUUUUUGCAGAAACGAAAGACUUUUGAACAGAACCGAACCGAGAUCUGGAACCGUAUCAUUCAGUUCGAUUUCCACUAGAAACAAAGACUGAAUCAGGCAAAAGAAAAAGCCCUAAUUGUUUUUGAGUUUUGAACCUUGAUUUUCCACAAUGCUUGAUAUCGGACAGUGGUGAAGUUGUUAGUUUUGUCGUUUUUGUGAAGAAACCCUGGCUUUUGAGAGGAGGUUUGCGAUGGAGAGGUCUAGAUCUAAGAGGAACUACUACUAUGACCAAGAUUAUGACUCUGAGACUGUUGUUAGGACCAGACCAAGGUACAACCACCAUUAUGGGGCGAACAACAACCACCACCGCCACCGCGGAAGUGUUGGAGCCGGUGGAGGAGGCGGAGGAGGAGUAGGAGGAGUAGGAGGGGGAAGGGUCUCCUCCAACAAGCCUCAACAACAGGAUCAAUCCCUGACGGUGACGACCAGUUAUCGGAUCCUCUGCCACGACGUGAAGGCCGGAGGCGUGAUCGGCAAGUCCGGCAGCAUCAUAAAGUCGAUUCGCCAGCACACCGGCGCGUGGAUCAACGUCCACGAGCUCAUGCCCGGCGACGAGGAGCGGAUCAUCGAGAUUUCCGACACGCGCCGCCGGGACCCCGAGGGACGAAUGCCGGCCUUCUCGCCGGCUCAGGAGGCGCUUUUCUUGAUCCACAACCGGAUUCUCGAGAGCGACGGCGGCGGCGGAGGCGGCGGAGAUGAGGAGGAUUGCUGCGGGGUUAGAGGUGGUGGGAAUCGGGUCGCGACGAGGCUCGUCGUUUCGAGAAUGCAUGUUGGGUGUUUGCUUGGCAAGGGAGGGAAGAUAAUUGAGCAAAUGAGGAUUGAGACUAAGACGCAGAUUAGGAUUUUGCCUAGAGACCACAAUCUGCCUCGCUGUGUUUCAAUGUCGGAGGAGAUUGUUCAGGUUGUAGGUGAUAUGAAUGCUGUAAAGAAUGCAAUAGCAAUAAUUUCAUCACGCUUGAGGGAGAGUCAGCAUCGUGAUCGAAGUCAGUUCCAUGGGCGAUCACAUUCACCGGAACGUUUUUUCCCUCCUGAUGACGAUUUUGUUCCUCACAUGAGCAACACAGGGCGCAGGUCAGCAAUGGAUGGGCCUGGUUUCGGACCUCGAUUUUCUGCCUCCAAUGUCAGGGGCAACAGUUAUGCCUCGCGUCCAUCGGGUUAUACAAAUGAUCCUGGUUAUACAAAUGAACAGGGGUCUGUUAUGAUGGCUGAAAAUAUGCAGCCCUAUUACAGUGAGGACCUUGUAUUUCGAAUACUUUGCCCAGUUGACAAGGUUGAAAGUGUUGUUGGAGAGUCUGACGGGAUUAUAGAUCUGCUUCAAAAUGAAAUUGGUGUGGAUGUUAAAGUUACUGACAGUGUGGCUAGUUCGAAUGAACGGAUAAUUAUCAUUUCUUCUGAGGAGGGUCCUAAUGACGAGCUAUUUCCAGCUCAAGAGGCUUUGUUACACAUCCAAACUCGCAUUCUAGAUCUUAUUCCAGAUAAAGAUAAUAUUGUGACCACUAGAUUACUUGUCCCAUCUAGUGACAUUGGAUGUUUAGAGGGAAGAGAUGGAUCAUUAUCAGAAAUAAAAAGAUUAACUGGCGCAAAUGUUCAAAUUUUACCGAGAGAAGAACUUCCUUCCUUUGUAUCAGGAAGUGAUGAACUUGUACAGAUAGUAGGAGAGAUAAAAGCAGCUCGAAAUGCUCUUGUCGAGGUGACAUCGAGACUCCGAAGUUACUUAUAUAGGGAGUUCUUUCAAAAGGAUUCUACACCACCUUCCUUCUUUGCAUCAGGUUCUUUGGGUAGUGGGAUGGGACUGGAGAGCUCGUCUCCAGGUAGAACUCCAGUUCGCGACGGUUAUACUGCGAAUGAUCCUCCUUCAGCUACUUACCAGAACGCACAAACUGUGGUAGCAGCACAGGCAUCAAAGGAAACUGGAGGUGCCAGUAACGAAACAACAAAGCAGAAUGAUAGUAAUCGCCGUGAAGAUCUUCCAAGUGGUUUGAAUAGUUCCGUUAGAAUCGCCGUGCCGCUUGUUACUAGGAGUACACUUGAAGUUGUUAUACCAGAGCUUGCGGUUCCAAAGCUCAUAACAAAAUCAAAAAACAAGCUUGCAAUGAUUAGUGAGCUAUCUGGAGCCAAUGUAACACUGGUAGAGGAUAGACCAGAGCUAACUCAAAAGAUCAUUCAAAUAUCAGGUGUUCCUGAGCAGGUUGAGAGAGCCCAGAGCUUGAUCCAGGGCUUUAUUUUAAGCACACAAGAAGACGGCCCGUAAAUCCGGGAGAGCAGGCCGUAACUUGAAGUUGGCCUUACCGGGGUUUUGGUUUUUCCAGAUGUAUGGUCUUUGGAAGGAGAUUUUGCUGCAUUGGUUGUUAGGCAGAUAAUAGUUUAUAGUACAAAUCCUGAUCCAUAUCCAUCUGUAAAUAUGUUGUCACCAAAGCUUUCAUUUCGGUUUGCUGUAAUGUUCCAAUUUUCCUUUUGUGUAUCUGCGAAACUGAUCCAGAGUAAUUUUCCUAUUGCCAUUUCAGUACCUUUUGUGCCGUUGAUCGUAGUCUUACAAUUUGCAGAGUUGUUUAAAUGGCGGGCUUCAGAAACGACGCAACUCAAAAUGGCUGUGAAAUUGUUAAAUCUUCUUGUAGGCCUCAACUCAAAUCACAACUCAAAAUUUAUUUUUUUAUUACAGUUUUUUCUCUCUUAUACAAAGGUGAAAUCUCAUGCGGCUCACUUUUUUUUAUAUAUUUAAUUUCAAUAUUCAUAAUCUUACUUCUUUUUUUUUUUUUUCCCGCAAAAACUGUAAUGUCUUAAGUUUGACAAAUGGUUAAAACUAAAACGAUAUUGUGCAAAAA